AUGGAUAAGGUCCCUACUCGAGUUGAUGGAAGGUUUAGGCUGGGAGACGUGUUGGGGUCUGGCUUGUACGCUGUUGUGUAUCGCGCACGGAAUAUCAUCAAGGAUAAUGCAGUCACCAUCAAGCUUGAACCUAUCAACCACUCAUCUUCCGUGCAGCGUGAAUACCGCAUUUUGAAAAACCUUGAAGGUGGUAUUGGGAUUCCCCGUGCCCUUUGGUUUGGUAGGGAGUCGGCCUAUCACGCUCUAGUUCUUGACCUCCUUGGGCCAUCACUGCAUCAUAUCUUCCUUGCCCACAACCGAAAAUUUAGCCUUGACACUGUUGUAAAUCUAGGAGACCAGCUGCUUUCACGUCUUGAAUACAUUCAUUCGCAUAAUUACAUCCACGGUGAUAUCAAACCACAGAAUGUUGUAGUGGGCCUUGGCGAUUUGAAGCACACCGCCUUUCUCAUCGAUUUCGGCACCACAAAGGAAUUCUGGAACACAUCGACCGGAGUCCAUAUACCAUUUUGCCAAGGUCAAUGUCUUACCAGCACUCCUGCAUUCGCGUCAAUCAACGAUCAUUUGGGACUUGAACUGGGUCGUCGUGAUGACCUUGAAUCACUCACCUACAUGUUAAUAUACUGUUUUCAGGGCUCUCUUCCAUGGUUGACCAGUGACCAAGAGAAGCUUUCCAGCUCUUCCAUACUGGAGCGCAAAGUCAACACUACCAUCGAAGUUUUGUGUCAAGGAAUUCCUGUCCAAUUCACAACGAUUCUCAUUUACACGCGUGCUCUCGCAUUCUCAGAGGACCCUGACUACAACCAUAUUCGUUCCUUACUUCGUGUACUUCAUUCUACAUCACCUGCUCCAGCAAGCACAGAGCUGGAUUUCGGCAAGCCUGAUGUGCCUACCACACAUCCCCUUCCAUGCUAUGAUGAACCCUGGGAAAUCAAGGCAGUGCCUUCAAGUCCAUGCCCGCCCCUUCGUAGAUCGUCUCGUGUGUUACGCCCACAUAAUCACUCCUCCACAUUGCGUGCAACUGCCUCAACUCCACGCCGGAAAAAGGCCUAG